GGAAAUCUGGUUGCAAUUCUAUUUGUGAUAUAAAAUCUUAUUUAUAUAUUACUUACAUCCAUUAAUUUGCAUUGUGAAUCAAGUUAAAAACAUCUGAGCCAAAUUGUGCAGGGGUUUUGGUAAUUGGACUACCCAGUCCGACCCACAUAUCCAAGAAAAAGAGCUCUAACUCUUCAUCAUGACGAAUUUGGUUGUCAGUAAUAGUAGUACAGACAGCAGCUCUGGGUCUUCAUCAGACUCAAGUAGCAGUGUAAGCUCAUCUUCAAGCUCAGGGUCUGGUUCUACUAGCUCAGACUCUGAGUCUUCCACCUCUGAUACUCCAGCCGUCACAACUGCAGCAGUGCCUAAAUCUCCACCUAAACCAGCACCAGAAGAACCUAAAGCUAAAGAAGAACCCAAACCAAGACGGCCCUCAAAAGUUAAAAUCUCUUCUUCAAGCGAUGAUGAUGCACCAAAAACGGACAGUCCAAAGUCAAUGCCCCCAAGAAGACGCUGCUCAGCAAAACCUAAAGCAGCAAUUGCAGUCCUGGCUAAAGGCAAACCUUCACCUAGGUUGCCGACGGGGGCAAAGACUCCAAAACCAAUACCGAAAACAAUGACAAAACCAUCAAAAUCAGAUUCUACAUUGAAAAAGAAAAGUAUAUUCUCUCCAGAUAAUAGUUCAGAGUCAGAAUCUGAAAGCAAGUCAUCAAAAAGUCCUAAAGGCUCACCAAAAUCUAAGCGGGGAUCUAGAAAGUCAUUGGAUGAAAAAGAUACCCCUCCACUGACCCCAGCAGAGAAUGAGGAUUCAAACCCAAAAGAUAAUGUGAAACGAAGGAAUAGUAAUAGACCAAAUGGACCCCCUCCAAAGAAGGUGGUGGAAGAGAAGAGCACAUCAUCCUGUUCUUCGAGCCCGUCUUCAGUGGAAUCCGUAUCUUCAGACAGUAACAGUGAACCGACCCCAAAAAAGGAUCCCCCAAAGACUGGAAAAACAAAACCACCAUCUAAUACCAAUAAGCAAGAGACAACUGGUAAAAGUGGUGACUCAGGUGAAUCUGCAACAAGCACGAUGCCCCGUAAACUGACGCGAUCGCUGUCUGCGCGGGUGUCUAGACUGGCUACAGUGUCACGUCCUACACACACUGACACUGAUUCCGAUGUUGAUGAAAAAACUAAUGGAAAGGGUAAGGAGAGCAAGAAGCCGCCGCCGAAGGGCCGGCCGGUCCCCCGGUCGCCGGCGGCCGGCGCGGAGGCGGCGGCGGUGGCGGCCGUGCCCACCGAGCGGCGCUGCCCCGUCGGCGGCUGCGACUCCAGCGGACACCUGGGCGGCGCCGCCGCCAGGCACUUCACCUGGGACGCCUGCCCGCGCUACCACCGCGCCUCGCCCGCCGCCUGCCGCGCCGCCGCCGAGGAGCGCGCCGCCGCCGCCGCCGCCCGCCGCCGCGCCGCCGACCUGCUGCUGCAGCGCCCGCGCGCGCAGCCCACCAUCGACCAGCGCGCCUACCAGCUCAAGGUCAAGGAUAUGCGAUCGAAAUGGAAGGGCAGCCAGGAACUACGAGAGAAAUUAGCUGCGGCUGGCAACGAGGAGAGCACUGAGGAACGUGAACCUAUACUGGAAGGUUUUGCACCGGACUACGAUCUUAGAUUAUUCCGAGAAGCCCAGGCUUUAGCUGCUAUUAAGAUUGAAGAGGAAUUGGGUGAUAUACCCUCUGAUAGAGGGACUAGGUACGUGGUGAUGGGCAAGUACAUGAUGGAGGUGUGGUACCAGUCGCCGUACCCGGGCGAGGCGGCGCGCGUGGCGCGGCUGUUCGUGUGCGAGUUCUGCCUCGGACACCACCGCUGCGCCGCCGGCGCCGCCCGCCACCGCGCCAAGUGCGUGUGGAGGCACCCGCCCGGCGACGAGGUGUACAGAAAAGACAAUUUAAGCGUAUGGCAAGUUGACGGCCGGAAGCACAAACAGUACUGCCAGCACCUGUGUCUCCUUGCCAAAUUCUUCCUGGACCACAAGACGUUGUACUACGAUGUGGAGCCAUUCCUCUUCUAUGUGAUGACAUGUGCUGACAAUGAGGGAUGCCACAUCGUCGGUUACUUCAGCAAGGAAAAGAACUCAUUCCUGAACUACAACGUGUCCUGCAUAUUGACUCUGCCCCCGUACCAGAGGCAGGGUUACGGGAGACUGCUCAUCGACUUCAGCUAUCUCCUAACCAAGGUGGAAGGAAAGGUGGGCUCUCCAGAAACACCUCUCUCUGAUCUGGGGCUGAUCUCAUACAGAUCUUAUUGGAAGGAGGCACUUCUGCGGCGGUUAUGUUCUGCUUCAGGCGCUACGCUCUGCAUCAGAGACCUCAGCAAGGAUCUCGCUAUUGCGUCCUCUGACAUCGUGUCCACUCUGCAGGAACGGGGAUUGAUGAAGUAUUGGAAGGGAAAACAUAUUGUUUUGAAGAAACAGGAGGUGCUGGAGGAGGUGUCGCGGCGCGCGGAGCGGGCGCGGUGCGUGGACGCGGAGUGCCUGCGCUGGGCGCCGCCGGCCGCCGCCGCGCCGCCGCGCUGA